GAAUUGCAAAAAGAUCAGGAUUUAAAAUACAAGAAACAAAAUGCCUCAAUGAAGGACAGAUUAUUAUUGUUGGCAAUAAAGAAUGUGAAAUUCAAAACAAAUUAAAUGAAGGUGAUUUUACAUCUGGAAAAUGCUUCUUGGGAAAGAAUAAAGAAAUUGAAACAAGCCAUUUAUCAAAAUCACAAUGUUCUGCUAAAUCAUUUGUAUUACCUGUUAAGAAUUAUAUUAAAAAUAAUAAAUGUAUGAAGCCAAUAAAUUCUUUAUAUGCAAACACUGUUGAUAAAUUCAUCAUGCCGCAUCCAAGUAAUAGUCAUCAGUGGUUAUAUAACAAAAAACAACUUCCUACAACUGAUGUUAUCAUUGAUCCAAAAUUGACUGCUGUACUUCGACCUCAUCAGAAAGAAGGAGUAAUUUUUCUGUAUGAAUGCAUUUUAGGAUUUAGAGAUUAUGGUGGUCUUGGUGCUAUUCUUGCUGAUGAGAUGGGAUUGGGAAAAACAUUACAAUGUAUAACUUUAGUAUGGACAUUAUAUAAACAAGGACCAUAUGGAGGAAUUCCUAUAUUGAAGAAAAUAUUAAUUAUUACUCCGAGUAGUUUAGUAAAAAACUGGCUAAAAGAAUUUAAAAAAUGGCUUGGAUUUGAUAAGUUAUCAGUUUUUGCUGUUGACCAACAAAAUAAAAUCCAGGAAUUUCUUCAUUCACGAUUAUCUCCAGUUCUGCUUAUAUCUUAUGAAAUGUUUGUUCGUAAUUAUGAACUUUUAUCAGAUGUGAAUUUUGAUCUUAUUAUCUGUGAUGAAGGACAUAGACUGAAAAAUAUAAAUAUUAAAACAACAAAUUUAUUGAUGGGCUUACAGACUCCUAGACGUAUACUUCUGACAGGAACACCGAUUCAGAAUGAUUUGAAAGAAUUUUAUUCAAUUGUUGAGUUCUGUAAUCCUGGUAUUUUAGGUUCACCAUCUCAGUUUCAUAGAAUUUUUGAAGAACCAAUAAUUCAGAGUAGACAACCCAAUGCAACUGCAGAAGCAAAAUGUCUUGGAAAAGACAGGGCUCAAGAGUUGUUUUCUCUUACUAGUUCAUUUGUAUUACGAAGAACACAAGAAAUCAUCAAUAAAUACCUUCCAACAAAAUUGGAACAAGUAGUAUUUUGUCCCACAUCACCUUUACAAGCUGAAUUAUAUUCUGAAAUAUUAGGAUGCAAAUCAGUGAGAGCUUGUUUGACUUCUUUUUCAACUGUUGAUACAGGCCAUCAUCUUAUGUGCAUAACUGCUCUCAGAAAGUUAUGUAAUCAUCCAUUGUUAUUAUAUUUAAAAUCUACAGAAGCUGAAGAAACAAAUAUUUGUAAUACAGUAAAGGAUGCAUUAUAUCAAGAAAUUUCAUCAAGUUUUCCAAAAGAUUUUGAAAAUGUAAAUUUAUCAGUUACGUCAGGAAAAUUAAAAGUAGUUUCUCAAUUAUUAGAAAGUAUGUUUGCUGAUAGUCGAAAAGAAAAAAUAGUUUUGGUUUCUCAUUUUACUCAAACUUUAGAUAUUUUACAGAAAUAUUGUAGACUUAAAGGAUACAGCUUUGUAAGAUUAGAUGGUUCAACACCAGCUUCCAGUCGACAGAAUAUUGUAGAUAGUUUCAAUUCACCAUAUUCUAAUCAUUUUCUAAAGCUGGUGGAGUUGGAUUAAAUUUAAUUGGAGCAUCUAGAAUUCUGCUUUAUGAUAUUGAUUGGAAUCCAGCAAACGAUCUGCAAGCAAUGGCUCGUGUUUGGCGAGAUGGACAGAAGAAACGAGUUUUUAUUUACAGAUUAAUUA